CCUCAUCAAGAUACAUGUCUACCGAGUAAAUCCUCCACCGCCCGUCAUUUAUCAUACAACUAUCUACAAAGACAGCUAGGGGGCGUUCAAACUCUCGUACCCCGCCCCUUGUGCUCUUCUUUUCUAGUUCCUUCACCGCAACCAGAAUCAGUCCCGCUAUUGGAAUGUUGAACAUGGAAACCGAUCAUAUAUCAUGUGACCCCCAACUGAGUAUACAUAGACUCCGGUCCUUCCGUAGAUUUGCUCAUCCCAUCAAUCCCCAUUAAUCUUUUAGCCUCUAUUGAAGACAGGAGCGUUUAUAUAGCCGCGUAACGACUUCAUUAUCCCAUCCCGUUAUGAGCUCUACCUCAGUAACUUCAUCGACUCGGACUGCAUGUUCCAGCUGCCAUCGUCAGCCGAGCCCUGACGAGGGUGCGUUCCAAAUUUGCAGUGGCUGCAAAUCGCAGUCCUACUGUUCGAGCCAAUGCCAACGGAAAAGCUGGAGAAGCGGACACAAACAGGAGUGCAAAGUCAUCGCGCUCUCAACUAAAGCUCAAGCGAUUGCCGCGACACAUACUGGCGACAGUGUGGAAGCCGUCAAACUACGGUGCGAGAAAGAAGGUGGAGGAUUUCGGAAAAUCUCUCUCGAACCGAACCACAUCGUCUUUGAUGGCCCGCUUCUUCAGGUCCCUGCCAUCAUGGGCAUACCGCUCGUCAUCCAUCGGGUUGGUACGAAAUCCAAUAACCGCGCUGACUUGGACUGCCGAAUUGCGACGUUUCUCAACGUCAAAUACGAAGACGGCUUUGCACCACCGCAAUGGCAGAGCCAUGUUGGAACAUGCAUCGUCGCGCGGAAAGACAAAAAGCCGCUGAGUGCGGAACAUGUAGAAGCUGUGUGGAUGUACAUUGAUAAGUUGAUGGACACGUUUGGAGAGGAAGGACCCCAGGCCGCGCAAAAGGAGAUAUCGAGGGAGCACUAUGAAGAGUGGUUUGAACGCUACAGAGACAGCGAGGCUGAGAACGGGCGUGACGAGUGGCGCAAUGUUGGCAGCAUAUAUAAUGUUUGAGAAGAAGAGGUCUACGUCGGCACUGUGCGAGGUUAAAAAUCGCUUUUCAAUUUCCUAACGUCAUGCCUGGAAGGGUGCACUUGUCCUCGUCUAUCAUUUGCUCAUCAAAGACUCUCCUUGGCAUCAGUGAUUCUUCGUCCCUCCGCCCACACUGUAAUUUCAUCAUAGUUCCGACAGAUAUGGACUGCUCCAGUACCGUCCGUUCCCGACACAUUCUUGAACAUGGGCGCCUGCGAUUGACCCUCAAGCGUCGUGUCACCACAGCACAUCAAGGCGUUGCGCAGGUAGUUGAAACAGUGGUCGUUGUGUCCUAUUUCACCUUCGUCCAGCGUGAAGUCUUUGUUACGGAUCUUCAUGACAAGCUUGUCAAUGUAACCUGACAUGUGCAUUAGGCAGUGUAGUUC